AUGCCCAAGCCUUCGGAAUGCUCUGCCAAUUUGGUCAAUAGGCAAAUGAGCCAAUACGACGAUUUGUGGGACGACUUGAGAAUGGUGCAAGCCUCUUUCGGUAGGCUUGGGGAUGUGAAACGUGCCAUCGAAACGGCCGCGCUUCUUAAGCCUUCGACAGGUCCCGCAUUUAACCAGCUCAUGAAGCGAGUCGAGCAGCUGGAAGAAACGUCGAAGAAGAAAAUCGACUGGAAAUACCUGGAAAACUGGAUCGCGAACGCACAAGACCACCUACGUAGAGAUUUCGAAGAGACAGCCCAGAGGUGCGAGCUGCUGGAGAUCGACGUAUCAGACUUGGAGGCGGAGGAUUUCAAUACCAAGCUCACAGAACACACGCUUCGGCAUUCGCUUGGCCGUCUCUUUGGGCCGAACUGGCAAAAGCGGCUGGGGGAAAUCAACCGCGCCACCGGCAUCGACUUAACUUCAUCCGAUUCAGUUACUAUGGAUAGGGAACAGUUCUGGCGGGCUGUUUCCCUACGCGAGACGCAGAUUCUGCAGCAAUUGGACAAAAUCGAAAAGAAGCAAGGAUCACUCCCCACUUUUCGAAAGAUCUGGGCCAAGUUGGACAUCACUGCCAGGAUGCAAAUUUUCCGGAAAUGUGACCUUCCUGAGGUUCCAGACACUCAUAUCUAUUCUUACCUAGAAAGGGUUAAAGAGGGUCAUGCAACCGCUCUUCAUUUUUGUCCGGCACUCAACUACGUUGAUCUCUCGGAAAGUGACAACCUACCAUCGUUGCUAGAAACGCGGUGCAAGGUGCCGCCCCAUCGAUUUCGUCCCUCAGAUGGCCGUUAUUUACUUCUCAGCUUGUGGGCAGGGGGAAACCGCCCAAUCAUGGUAGAAGGAAUAUCUAGGUUAGACCUCGGCGACGGAUCCUCCGGUGCGGUCACCGAGCUCACUGAGUACGACGUGCCACCCCGUCUGCAACCGAAGAUCGUUACUCCUAAUGUGCUUUUCUGGCAGCUCCAAGCGCAAAGAGAGAUCUACCGGUGCCUGGGCAUCUUUGUGGACACGAUCAACGACCUGCCGAGGGCAGAAGUGGAACGUGAGCCACUUUUAGGGACCGAUAGCGAUAUUGAAGGAAACACCCUCGUCACUCGCUCCUCCCGGUCCAAAUACCUUUGCCAUACAAUGAGCGUCAAUCUACAGGAUGUACAGGACACUAUCAGAACGUCACUGGACGAAGCAAUGGACCAUCUUUGGCAGGUUCGGCAAGACGCAGCUUCCUGGCAUAGUUGUAUGACGGGCAUGGCCAAACGCAGCGGCUCAAAAGAGCUGCUAGCCAUACUCUUUGGCCGCAUCGACACCCUGAGUACAUUGGAUCAACUGGUGGCAACUGCUGUUCAACAGGCCAAACAUCCAUUGUUGACUGACGCGGAAGACGAUGAUAUCAAGAUCGCAUCAACCCUCGACAGCGCUCUCCAUAGCGCGUUCGAAGAGAGAUUGCUCCAUUUC